CCAUAAACCUGUGUCGAGGUUGACGUACCAAGCCAACAUUCUUCACGGUUUUUGGAAAAAUGGUGAUCCUGGUGGUGGCGACAACCGCAGAUCCGGCCUCCAUCGGCCCAGCCUCUGCUUUCCUUGCUAUGCCUGGCUGGACGCCAGGCCCCUUCAUUGAUGAGAAAAUUGCAAGCUACGCCAAUGGCGAGACGAGGCUGUUGAAGCACGAGAGAAGCAUCGUGGCGGAAGAUGACCUGGAUCGCCGAUGGCAGGAAGCGACAGGCGAGUCUGUCUCUGAGGUUAUUUUCCUCAGCCGCCACACGGCUGUCUCCAACCGCCCCGCUUUAACCGUUCAUCCUAUCGGUGUGCCACAUCUGAGAAUUGGAGAUACCCCUCCCCAAGGUGGGCGACCGGCAUGGGCAGCCCCACCCAAUCCGAGAGUCGGCCCCUGGUUCAGACUGCUGAGAAAGAUUGCUAUUGACCAGUGCCUGGUUCCAGAAUUUGAGGUAACCUUAGAGGCAACUCAUCAUGGACCCGUAGUCAGUACACCGACAAUGUUUUUGGAGAUAGGAAGCACUGAAGAGUACUGGGGAAGACAGGAUGCUGCUCAAGCUAUCGCAUUGCUUUUAUGGCAGGGACUGGGGCUUGAUGGUGGUAACGGUGUGGGAAAAUGGGACAGGAACAGUUACAACAAAGUUCUUCUGGCCAUAGGUGGUGGUCACUAUGUACCUCGUCACAUGGAUAUUAUCCAGAAAGAAGGUGUGUGGGUAGGACACCUACUAUCAGGAUAUUCUUUGCCAAUGGAAGAGCCAGCACAGCGUAAAGCAGGUGAUCAAGAUAAAGGUAUUGGUGGAACAUGGAGGCAAUCUAUCAAGGUUUCACUUGAAGCAACAAAAUCAGCUUUUCCAGGAGGUGUAAUUCUAGCACAUCUUGAUCAGAAGAGUAUGAAGGGCUGGCAGAAAAACGCUAUAUUGAGCUUCUUGGCUGAAGAAAAUAUAAAGGCUGGAAAACCAGAUGACUUCAUUUAAUACUGUAAGUCUUGAGAUUAUUUUUGUAUGAUCAAUUUAGUCUUAGAGUACUAAGUUGUUCAAAUAAAAUCCAUCCUCUAUACAAAAUUGAUUCAAAAUAGUUCAUCAUAUUGUAAUGGUCAUAUGAAAUUUAUCCUAAUUUAGUCCCAAUGGAUUAUUUUGAAUCAAUUUAAUAUAAUCGAGAGGCUAAAUUGGAGCAACGUUAUGUUGUGGGACUAAAAUGAUCACAUACAAAUAGUCGGAGGAUUAUUUUGAAAUAUAUAUAAGUAAUAAAUAUAUAAACAUCCAUAUUUCUUAGAGCUUGCUUCCAUUAGUAGUGCUUUAAUUGUAAUCCUAAUGCUACUUUGUACUUAACCUAAUUCUUUAGUAGUUCAUGAUA